AGGAGUCUUGGCGGCAGGGCUUGGCUGGGCCGGUAGAGAUCUGGCCCCGAGGCGACGAGCCCUACCGAGAAACCCAGGCCCACCAGCACCAGCUUCUUCGCUGCCCCGUGGCGGAUGUGCGAGAGACUCCCAGCUUCACGGUCUUGCAGAAGCACAAAUUUGUCCCCUUUGCCUGUCACUCUAUCCAAUUGUCUUAUCUGAAGGCAUCACCACUUGCCCUUGUAUGCUCUCUUCAACACCUGGGCUGCAGAUUGACUGGCACCAGUUCUUCUGGACAAAGUGAAGCAAAUGUGUCCCAUGGAAGCUGUAAAACAGACACCAAUGAAGCCUCUCAGAAGCUUCUAGAGACUCUUGCUACUUCCCAAGUAGAGCCAGAGAGACCAGCUGAUUUAGAUCUCCUGAAGCUGGGGAAGGUGGCAGAUCUAUUCUUGGACAUGGGGCUAAGACCUGCUCAGAUAAUACACUUGUUCAGCUUGCAGCCAUAUGCACCUCCUCAGCUCAGGUUGGCUGUAGUUUCAGAGCUCCUUCUUCUGGGUUUAAGCACAGACGCCACACUAAAUGUCUUACAGAAGAGCCCUGAAUUGCUGGGAAUGUCAUCAAAGCAUAUAAAGGACCGUGCAGAUCUGCUGAGGAGGCUGGCGUUCAAGGAAGUGGGCCUUAACCAUAUGGCAGUUCAUUUCCCAAGAAUUUUUACCUUGCCACAAAAGAGAAUUGAGGUCAUAGAGAAUCUCCUCAAAGAAAAAUGCCUUUUCUCUGUGCAGCAGAUAUCAAAAAUUCUGCAAACAUGCCCAAAUAUUUUGCUGGAGGAGCUAGGUGAUGUGGAAUACAAAUUCCAGUUUGCUUAUUUCAGGAUGGGGAUUAAACACAGAGAAAUCGUGAAUUCUGGUUUGUUCCAAGCAUCACUGGCUGAGAUAAAAAACCGGGUUAUUUUCUUGGAGCGGUUGGGACUCUUUCAAACUCCUGACAAGAAAGGACAGACCCAGGUUGUCAACCCCAAACUGAAAAGCAUAAUCAGAGCUUCUGAAAGUGACUUUAUAGAAAAAAUGGCCUGUUCCUCAUUGGAAGAGUAUAAUAUAUUUAAGAAAUUGCUGGCCCGUGAAGAAGAACGGAGGCGGAAAGAGGAAGAAGCGGCAGAGAAAAACGAUCUCUCCGAUUCAGAGAGUGAUGGCGAAGGGUCUGAUUCAGACUAAGUACAUAAAAUUUAAAAAUCUCUGAAGUUU